CGGAAAUGACGUAAUGUUGUUAUUAUUCCAGGAAGAGGGCACGGGAAAGCACUGAACUGCGUCAACAAUUGUUUCUAUGAUAUACUGGGAUUUCAGCUGCUGUUCAACAUGGCAACCAGUUGCUGCUGAAUGAUUUAUGGCACAGUUCCAGGACGGAACUUUAUUGAGCGACAACAUGGAUACAUCAAACUUUGCCCACGUUAUCUUCCAGAAUGUGGGGAAAAGUUAUUUGCCCCACGCUGCACUGGAGUGUCACUAUACCCUGACACAGUUCAUCAAGCCUCAUCCAAAGGACUGGGUUGGCAUAUUUAAGGUCGGUUGGAGCACGGCGAGGGACUAUUACACAUUCUUGUGGUCGCCUCCCCCCGAGAACUAUGUGGAAGGCACGGCAGUCAACAGAACCGUGGUCUUUCAAGGAUAUUAUGUGCCCAAUGACGAUGGUGAGUUCUACCAGUUCUGUUACGUGACCCACAAAGGAGAGAUCCGCGGGGCGAGCACGCCCUUCCUAUUCCGCGCCAGCAGCCCCACAGAAGAUGAGCUGCUCACCGUUGAGGACGAAUGCAACUCUGACAUCCUGGUCGUCACCACCAAGGCUGGCUUCCUCGAGCAAAAGGUGGAAGAAGCCCAAAGAGAAAAAGACGAGCUCCUGAAAAAUAUGGCCCUCCUGCAACAGGAGAAGGAGCAGCUGGAAGCAGAGACAGAAAACCUUCAGAAGCAGUACGCACUAGAGAAGGAGAGCUGUGCCCAGCUGAGAAGAGAGAACCAAGACGUGCAGAAUUCCUCGCAGGCCGUGCAGGAGGAGAAAGAGGAGGUCAAGAGGAGACUGGAGGAGGCCACAGCCAGAAUUGUGCAGUUGGAGGAGGACCUGAUUGGAGUUACACAGAAGGGGCUUCAAAAAGAGACGGAGCUGGACAGCUUCAAAGAUAGAGUGAAGAAGCUUACAACCGAGAAGGAGGCUCUGGAAUCUCACAUCAAGAACGAGAAAGAUGAGAAGGAACUCUACAAGAUUCACCUGAAAAACCGGGAGCUGGAGAACACUAAACUGAGUGCAGAGCUGCAGAUGCUGAAGUCUGUGGAUGUAAACAAGGAAAACACCAUUGCCCAGUUCAAAGAGGAGGUGGGCCGGCUGCAGGCAUGCCUCACAGAGAAGGAGAAACAGUACCGAGAGAUCGUUGCCAAAAUGUCCCCCUUGGGAGACAUGAAGGCCCUGAAGGAGCAGCUGCGGCAGAAAGAGGAGCAGCUCCAGGCCAGCCAGCAGCAGUUGUCUUUGUUGGCCGCCGAGCUGAGGGACGCCUCCAGCACCCGGGACCGCACCAUGUCCGAGCUGUACCACAUGAAGCUGGAGGCCGAUGCCCUGCGUCAGGCCAAGGCUGAAGCGCAGGCCCAGUGCAUCCACCUGGAGCUGCUGGUCGAACAGAUGAAGGCAGAGGCUAAGAAGGAGGCCAAAGCAGCGGAGGAUGCUGCCACAGACACAGCUGUUGUGGCAGAGCUACAGAGAGAGGUGGAGGACCUAAAGCUGCGGCUGCACAUGGCAGCAGAACAUUACAAGGAGAAGUACAAGGAAUGUCAACGAAUGCAAAAACAAGUGCUAAAACUCUCCGAACAGCAAGGGGAGCUGAAGAGAAGCUCGGCCCCGGAGGCCUCCGUGGUUCCUGCAACAGGGAGUCCAGACACAUCAGUCCCAGGAAGUCCAGGUUCUGCUGAUCCCAUGUUGGAAGCCAUCAUCCAGGAGAAGCUGAAGGGGAUCAGCCGAGAAGCGUCUGACAGGAACGACAAGUACCGGAAAUGCAAGCAGAUGCUAAUGGAGGAAAAAGAGCGCAGCUGCAUGUUUGCUGAGGAGCUGGCGAAGAUGGAGGUGAAAUUUAAGGAGCAACUGAAGAGCAACGACAGUCUGAGAUUGCAGCUGGCAGCGGAAGAGGAUCGUUGUAAGAGCCAGGUUGCUGAGAAGGGACGGGAGCUGAAGGAGCUGAAGGACACACUCACGCUUGUUGUAAAGGAGAAGGAGAAACUUGAGGGGGAGAUUCAGAAGCUCAGCAGCAGGAAGGGUGAGCAGGGGGCCAGCGAGAAAACCAGUCUGGAAAACCUCCAGUCCAGCGUGCCUUUAUUCCUUCAGUACCCUGUCCCUUACACCCAGGACGCCCCCACCCCGCUGCUGGUCUCUCAGAGCCCCAGCAAGUUGCAAUUUGGGAACCCUUACUCCAUCUCCAACACAAAAGAUGAGACGGAGGAGGAGCUCUCUGAUGACCAGCCGCUCCGGCUGCCCCCCGUGGGCCCGCCCUCCUGGGACAGCAACGUGGUGUGCAUCCAGCCCACUCGCCACCACAGCCGGCCAGAAGGCCACGAGGACUCGGAGGAAAACAACAAUGUCAAUGCCAACGAACAGCCGGCAGCGACAGAAACCCGUAGCCCAUUUGUGAAUGAUGGACAAAAUGCCUUCUGCUUUGAUCCCAGCAUGGACAUGAAGCGAUGUCCGCUCUGCGAGGUCAUCUUCCCGCCCAACUACGACCAGAGCAAGUUCGAAGAGCACGUGGAGAGCCACUGGAAAAUCUGCCCCAUGUGCAGCGAGCAGUUCCCUCUGGACUGCGACCAGAAGGUGUUCGAGAACCACGUGCUCACCCACUUCGACGGCCAGCCGCUCGAGUUCGAUUAGAGAAACCAAGAAUCAGCACACCCAGUCUGCCAAUGUCCUGUCAACCACUGAAAUGAAUCAUUCUGCACUCUUUUUCUGCAUGUAAUGGUGUGAAGAUCCUCUGUUUAGGACUAAAAUUCUAUUUACUUUCUCACUUCAGCAUAGAGAAACAUUUAGGGGUGUAACUUUAAAAAAAAAUCUAAUUCAGUGUAUCGCAGGGCUACUUCAGUUUUAAAACCAAAAUGUUUUUCUUUCUUUUGGGUUUUUAUUUAGUUAAGGAUUUCUCUUAAAAGGUCUCAAAAUAAUUUUAAGGGUAAAGACUAUUUAUGUACACAUAUACUGGAUUUUAAAUGGCCUUGGUUCUCAUGGAUCUGUUAAGAUUAUAGGAUGUUAUGAAUCAGGGAAAGAGAUAAGUGUUUACUAAACCUACAUUUAAAACCUCCAAACAUCUUCACUGUCGAGUCAUUGGUUAAUCUUUACAGAAAGCAGCCAUGGUGCAUUAUAUGCAGUCUGGGAAAAUCUUCAACCAUUAUAUCCAUACAUGAUUAUACAGUAUAUCAUCAGAUCAUCUAUUUUAGAAGAAGUAAAACUAACAGUAUUGUGUCAGCCUUGAUUCUAUGUGUAUGAUGUAGGUUUGUUUUUCUUAGGUUUCCUUUUGUUUUUACUCCGAUUCUCUCCUGAUUCCUAAAAGUUUUCUCAUCUCUGUGCAUGCUGAGUUUCUCUUAAACCUUUUUCUUUUGUUCUUCUCUUUUAAGAUAUUAAGUUAUUUUAUUGAUGAAAAAAGGUUUCAUUAGUUUAGUGAGUCUCAUGUAUCUAAAAAGAUCUAAUAAAGUCUCUUUCAAACAGACUUGUGCCUGAAGAGAAUUAAUUCAGC